AAUAAUAUUACAAGCAAACGGGCACUCCCCCUUGGUCAUCGGAUUGGAUAACAAAGCCACUAAGCCAGCCAAUCAGACUCACCUUUCGCACCGUUCUUUGCCACGAUCACAAGCAUGUCCAUCCGUUCUUGCUGCCAAAAUACAGAUUCCAUCCUCUUUUCAUACACCCUUCUUUUAAGAGAGUUCCCUUUUCUUUCUCUUUUCUGCACCCCCCUCUCCCUUCCUUCAUUCCAUCCCGAACUGUCAAUCAAGGGGAGUAGGGCACGCCUCUCGAAUGACAUCCGAUUGGGCGUACCGAUGACGUCACGAGGAAGAAGAAAAGGGCGGGAUCGAAUUAGGCUUGUCGGAAAAGGGGGGACCACCUGCAUUCGCUUUCGAAUUCGACGUGUGUAAAACACCACGAGUGUGUUCUGUGGUGUGGUGGCGACAAUUGUUUUCUGGAACGUUUUGCGAUUUUGUUCUUUUUGCAUUCGAUAUUGGCUGUGACAUCGUCGCGUGCACACCAUUAACUACUGUUUGACCUGUGGUGCAGAAAAAUGUUGUAAAAGUCAUUGAAACGUAUUUACCGAUUGAGUGAAGACAUGUUUUCAUAGGUCAUCAUCAUGCUUUAGUGUAUAGGAUCUCUGGUUUAUUAGUAGUACGCACCUAGGGAGAGAGGUCCAUAAAUAACUCUGGAGUACGGUGGUGGCAAUUUGGGAGCGGGGAGUAGCUCCUACAGCAAACCGUACGGCCGGCUCAUGGUGUCCGUCAUGAAUCUGCUGCACGGGGAUCACCACGGGCGACCUCCCUUGGGACACCAUCCCCACCUGUCGGUACUGUCCAACACGGCCUCGAGUCCUCGCCCGACCAGCAAUCCAAACAGUGGACCUUCUCAUCAACGAUCUCCAUUUGCAAUCCAAGAACUUUUAGGACUGGGGAAUAAUGACAAUGCAAAUGAUUCCCCUUCACCCAAUCGCACCCAUCUUCCUUCUUCUGUUUCAUCGUCUGCUGUCGGUCCCCACUGCUCCCCUUACCAGCCACGGCCCCACCAGCCCACCGCGGCCCAAUGUUUUCCGGACCCCAGCCGCAUGUACUUCGGCACGGCUUUCAUGCCAAACAUGGCGGGAACCAUGCAUGGCAUGACCGCACCGCCCAUGCCCAUGAUGGGUUUCGAUCAAGGACCCCAGUCACACCAUUCUAGAACAGACGGCGGCGGUAAGUCCUCUCUUUUAUGACACUAUUUCAUGUUGUACACGCCUCCAAUUUUAUUCCACUACAAUAAUUGUACUUUUUGUUGUUGUGGAGAUAUGUGAACUUUUGAGAGCUCAUAUAAAAUGUGUUAUGAUUCUUUAUAUUGUCAUUUAAUAUUCACGCGCAUUC